AUGUGCACCAGCGGUGAGUGGCGCCUGCGCGUGAGGCUGCGUGGCCGGAAGAACGGACACCAGGACGGGAGAGUCUGGCUGCACGGAGCUCACAGCCGGAGGGGAUUAAUUGGCUCUCUCCCCCAUCUCUCUAUCCCCCUCCCCGAUUUCCUGCCUAGGGGGGCUUUCUCUGUGGUCCGCCGCUGCGUCAAGCUCUGUACUGGCCAUGAAUAUGCUGCCAAGAUCAUCAACACCAAGAAGUUGUCUGCCAGAGAUCACCAGAAGCUGGAGAGAGAGGCCCGGAUCUGUCGCCUGCUGAAGCACUCCAACAUCGUGCGUCUGCACGACAGCAUCUCCGAAGAGGGCUUCCACUACCUCGUCUUCGAUCUGGUCACCGGAGGGGAGCUGUUUGAGGACAUUGUGGCGAGAGAGUACUACAGUGAGGCCGAUGCCAGUCAUUGCAUCCAGCAGAUCCUGGAGGCCGUACUCCAUUGUCACCAAAUGGGGGUCGUCCACCGAGACCUCAAGCCUGAGAACCUGCUCCUGGCCAGCAAGUGCAAAGGGGCCGCGGUGAAGCUGGCGGACUUCGGGCUGGCCAUCGAGGUGCAGGGGGACCAGCAGGCAUGGUUUGGCUUCGCAGGCACGCCAGGCUACCUGUCCCCAGAGGUCCUCCGCAAGGAGGCAUACGGCAAGCCUGUGGACAUCUGGGCAUGUGGGGUCAUUCUGUACAUCUUGCUGGUGGGCUACCCUCCCUUCUGGGAUGAGGACCAACACAAGCUCUACCAGCAGAUCAAGGCCGGGGCCUAUGACUUCCCAUCCCCUGAGUGGGACACUGUCACUCCUGAAGCCAAAAACCUCAUCAACCAGAUGCUGACAAUCAACCCUGCCAAGCGCAUCACGGCCCAUGAGGCCCUGAAGCACCCGUGGGUCUGUCAACGCUCCACUGUGGCCUCCAUGAUGCACAGACAGGAGACUGUGGAGUGUCUGAAGAAGUUCAAUGCCAGGAGGAAGCUCAAGGGUGCCAUCCUUACCACCAUGCUGGCCACACGGAAUUUCUCAGUGGGCAGACAGACCACCGCUCCGGCCACAAUGUCCACCGCGGCCUCCGGCACCACCAUGGGGCUGGUGGAACAAGCCAAGAGUUUGCUCAACAAGAAGGCAGAUGGAGUCAAGCCCCAGACAAACAGCACCAAAAACAGUUCGGCCAUCACCAGCCCCAAAGGGACGCUCCCUCCUGCCGCCCUGGAGCCUCAAACCACCGUUAUCCAUAACCCAGUGGACGGGAUUAAGGAGUCAUCCGACAGUACCAACACGACCAUGGAGGACGAGGACGCUAAAGCCUCCAGUGGCCCUGAUGUCCUGAGCUCAGGGAGGAGGGGCUCAGGAGCCCCCUGCUGGGGCCCCCUCCCACUCCUCCUGUCGGCUCGGCCACCUCCUCAUUUGUCUGUCUGUCUCUGCUCAUGUGUUGUCUGUUCCGCCCCAGCCCCCAGGAUCUCUGACAUCCUGAGCUCUGUGAGAAGGGGCUCAGGAACCCCAGAAGCUGAGGGCCCCCUCUCCACGGGGCCCCCGCCCUGCCUGUCUCCGGGUCUCCUAGGCCCCCUGCCCACCCCGUCCCCCAGGAUAUCUGACAUCCUCAACUCAGUGAGGAGGGGCUCAGGGACUCCAGAAGCUGAGGGCCCCCUGCCAGUGGGACCCCCACCCUGCCCAUCUCCGACUCUCCCUGGCCCCCUGCCUGCCCCAUCCCGGAAGCAGGAGAUCAUCAAGACCACGGAACAGCUCAUCGAGGCUGUCAAUAACGGUGACUUCGAGGCCUAUGCGAAAAUCUGUGACCCCGGCCUCACCUCCUUUGAGCCCGAAGCUUUGGGCAACCUGGUUGAAGGCAUGGACUUCCACAGAUUCUACUUUGAGAACCGUGAGUGGGGGCGGGGAUGCCAGCACGUGCACGUCAUCGGUGAGGACGCAGCCUGCAUCGCCUACAUCCGCCUCACGCAGUACAUCGACGGCCAGGGCCGGCCCCGCACCAGCCAGUCCGAGGAGACGCGCGUGUGGCACCGCCGGGAGGGCAAGUGGCAGAACGUGCACUUCCACUGCUCGGGCGCGCCCGUGGCCCCGCUGCAGUGAGAGCGGCCCUGGUCUCGCCGGACAGAGUCGGUGUCUGCAGCCCGGCCGCCUCGGCCUCGGCCUGCCUGUCGCAUGUUUGUGUCGCCUGGUCCCCAUCCCCCGGUGCCUGUGUCUGCAGAAAAACAAGACCAGAUGUGAUUUGUUUAAAAAAAAAAAAAAAAGAUGAAGACAACGACAACCACACACACAUACACACACACACAAAAAAAAUUGACAUCGGAUGAAAUGGAAGAAAACACCCUAAAAGGAAAAAGCUGUAAAAAUCUGGCAUUGGUGGGGCAGCCCCCCACCCAAGCUCCAAGUGUCUCUUGUGCUCCUGGCCGUGGGGACCCUCCGGGCGUGAACGUGUGCCGAACGGUGUUAGUCUGUAGGUA